UCGUAUAUAUUGCAGAAUAAUUUGAGCAAAAAAGUAUGGUAGCUUCGUCAAGUAAAGAUGUGCUAAGCAGAGAAGAACGUGGUGGUUGGAGCAACAAACUCGACUUUUUGUUCUCUUGCAUCGGAUAUGCUGUUGGUUUAGGAAACGUUUGGCGAUUUCCUUACCUCGUCUACAAAAACGGCGGUGGUGCUUUCCUCAUUCCUUAUGGAAUAUCGCUUGUCACGUGUGGCGUUCCGUUCUUCCUUAUGGAAGUAACUCUGGGGCAAUAUUUUGGCCUCACCAAUGUCCAGGCUUUGGAGAAGGUGGCUCCGAUAUUCAAAGGUUAGUUGUGCUG